GAUUUUUCCACCAUCGUGGAUACUUACAUAGACACCAGAAUAGCCUUUUGUGGAAGGGGAUGAUUGCACCAUGCCGAGAAGGACGGUGGCUAGGAGGAAAGCGACAUAAUCAUUUGUCUAGCUUCCAGUUCAUACUAUAUUUUGCGACACAGAAUUUUCACAUGGCGUGUUUCGAAAGCUUUGCUUCCUUGUACAUUUAUGUACUUUCGCGAGGAGUCGGCUCCAUUGCUUCCACAGUACAUGAAAAGGACAUGCUCACUGCACAAAGCGGGGUUAUAUACUUGCGACAGGCAGGACUGUGACUUCGAGUCCUGCCAGGCACAGAAGGUCUCAGUUGGUGUUAUGUCCAAAAGCGUCACUCACCAAGUAAACUCUCCUGGGUUCUUUUGUAGCUCACUCUCUCUUCUAUGUGCAGAAGGAAUCUGCUGCAAACUUUGGAACUCGGACCCGUUAGUAGAGUAGAGUAGCCAAUGUUAGUCGGAAGAUUGAACAAAAACGAACAAAAAGUCUGCACUUGGUUGUAACUCGGCCUGUCCACUCUGCUCCUGUGAAAGGGUCAACUAUCGAUUUCUGCAUCAUAGUUUGAGUGCUGCAGCAGAACCUUGAAGUCUCGGACUCUCGGACGAAUCUUCGAUCAUAGUGUGUUUAUUAUUUUCGUACUCGACCUGCGUCAGCGUCAGCUAAAUCACCAGAAGUAGCAAAAUGUCUACCGUCGACAAGGAGGAGCUGGUCCAGAAGGCCAAACUGGCCGAACAGUCGGAACGAUAUGACGAUAUGGCACAAGCGAUGAAAUCAGUGACAGAAACCGGAGUAGAACUAUCAAACGAAGAACGAAACCUGCUAUCUGUCGCUUACAAGAACGUCGUUGGUGCGCGAAGAUCGUCAUGGCGGGUAAUAUCGUCUAUCGAGCAAAAAACGGAAUCCUCUGCCCGCAAACAGCAACUGGCCCGGGAGUACAGAGAACGAGUCGAAAAGGAACUUAGGGAAAUCUGUUACGAAGUAUUGGGCCUGCUGGACAAAUUCUUGAUCCCCAAAGCGAGUAAUCCAGAAAGCAAAGUCUUUUACCUCAAAAUGAAGGGAGAUUACUACAGAUACCUAGCCGAGGUAGCCACAGGAGAGACCCGUAACACCGUAGUAGACGAUUCCCAAGCCGCGUACCAGGAUGCCUUUGAAAUUAGUAAAGGCAAAAUGCAGCCAACACAUCCCAUCCGAUUGGGUCUCGCGCUCAAUUUCUCAGUCUUCUAUUACGAGAUCCUAAACUCUCCCGACAAAGCCUGCCAGCUGGCGAAACAGGCGUUCGAUGACGCGAUUGCGGAACUGGACACACUGAACGAGGAUUCCUACAAAGACUCCACCCUGAUCAUGCAAUUGCUGAGGGAUAACCUUACCCUGUGGACCUCGGACACUCAAGGCGACGGCGAUGAACAACAGGAAGGUGGCGAUAAUUAACCAAACUAAAAUUAAUGAAACAAAAAAACACACACACACUUAAAUAUAAUAGAAAUUCCUUUUGACUAAUUAAUUAAAAACAAAAAGAAAAACAGGACAAAGAAAGAGAAAACGAGAGAGAGGAAAACAAACGCAAAAAAUUAUUUCUUUAUGAAAUUGCUAAAACACACACACUUUCUUUGUGCGGAGAUCUCUCACAGUAAGAGACAGUAGAGAGAGAGAGAAGAAAAAAAGAGAAAACAAAAAUACAUGUUUGUAUGUAUGUUCUAUUUAUCUCCCCUUCCUGGUGAAACGUUUCCAUUUGGGAAGCAUCCGAAAAAUUGAAACUUCGUUAAUACAGUUUCACGUCACAGAACAAUUGUUGAGUUUUGUUUUCUUUAUUAUGAAACAGAUCGCGAAAUCGUUUUCAUCACUCGAUAUUUUAAAUAGUCAUCAGCGGAAUCUAAAGCAAAAAGGUUAUCACAUCUGAAUUUUUUCCUUUAGUAAAUAUCACUCCAGACACAAAGCAGCGAACUUUUCAGCCUUGUUUUUUUUUUAUACAAACUGUUGCGGCGCAUUUCCAAUGCGGUUUCAGUUUUUGUUUUUCUGUGUUUGACGUUUUCGGCUUUCGCAAUGUUUACUCAAAACAUAAUAUAAACCGAAUUGUAUUAUUCUAUGCCUCUGUGUCCCCUAUACGAAAAAAAUAUACUUAAAAAAAUCAAGGAGAAGAAAAAACGCACUUCUAUAAAUGUAAACAUCCCGAUUGAAGUUUUUUGUGAUUCACUCUGGAGCGCACGGAGGAUGCCCCUGACAGGGAGGGGCAUCAGUGCAUUCCGCGUAUACAAUUUCCAUCCCUUUUUACCAAACUAAAAGAAGAAAAAACAAAUCGUUAACUGUAAUGGCAGAGUAUAAAACCAACAGUCUUUUUACGCAUUCAACAAUCGAAAAAGGAAGCUAACUUACAACAUCGUCUCCGAAGAACAACACACGGAACAGCAAGAGGAAAAACUAAAGAACACAAACAUCGUUCUUUGAAACAGAAAAAAAACAACAUCAUAUGGAAAUUAUUACUCUAAAAAAAAUACAACAUCAGCAAGAGAAGAAAGAAGAAUAAAACGCGCAUAAUGUAAGAAAGUUUUUAUUAAAAGGCAGAAAAAAUUAAAAAAAUAUCCAACCUUUUUAAAAGGAGAAACCUUUGGCUGAACACAUGCUAGCUACUACAACUCGUUCCGAAGAAGAAUUGUAUCGAAGGAAUCUUUUUUAAUUUAUGGCGUUCACAAAAGUACACAGACACACACUCACGAUUUUUCAUGUAUUAUAACAACAGCAAAAAAAAAACUAUGAAGAAAAGAACAAAAAACAGCUAAAUAAAGCAGAACAACAUUAACUGUCCGAUUAACUGGAGGAAAAUUUGCUUGUGAUAUCAAAAUUGACUUAUCCUUCGGCUCCGCUCCCAGUCAGUCAGUCAGUCAGCCAAAUGGACUGUUUUUUCCACUCAACCGCUGAACCGUUUUGGAUCCGAUGAUAUUGGUUCACAUCACAGUUAUUGGGAAUGGUUUCGAAGGUCUUCAUUAGACCAGACCAAAGUGUGACACACAGUUCUCCCUCCCCGUCGGUGGAAAGCUGUUAAUCAUCGUUCGAGAAAAAGGUUUCUUCCUCGUGAUCCUCCCGUUCGUAACCGAUCAGUGGUCGUGAGAGUAUCGUCCCCAAACAUGAGUGUAAAAUGUUGUGUGUGUGUGGUCAUUCUAUAGUAUAAGCGAGCGGGAAACACUGAGACUUGCACCACACACAAGCAAGUGAACCCGUCGUAAUUGGCAACGUAAUUUGGUUUUUAAUAAUGUCUAUCUCUGCUCGCAUAGUCAACCACAGAGCUAACCUGUCAGCUAUCGGACUGUGUGCGAUAGAACUUGGGUUUGGCUUGGGAAACCACACUUCUUCAAGCCAGCCUUGCUGAUUGGUGUUGGCACUAGAUUCGAUAUUAGAUACGCGAAAUAUACCGACGACUAGAGAUAUUUAAACAAUUUUAUUGUUCCUCGAUUUAAGGUUGCUUGACCUAUAGAGCCAGUGGUUAUCGAAUGAAAAAAGAAGGCAGUUUCAAGCUAUUUAUUUACAAUUUUUAUGUCACCCCAAUCCUAUUUUUCUGGUUUUAUUUUAUUUUUUGUUGACAAUAUCAAUCCACAACCGUUAUAGUCAAAGUUUGAAUAGGUUCCCUCGACACCCCAAAGCCAUAGGCAGUUCAAUAGAUAGAACGCGCUUCGCUCAAUUGGAGCGCACUCUUGAUACAUACUUUCUCGCUCACCCGGCACUUAACAGAAAACGCUGACAACUUUAUAUUUACAAUCAGUGCUACCUAAAAGAAAACCCGCAGAGCAGCGUACAGUACUAUAUUACUUUAAUUUAUUGAUUGCAUUAAACGCAAACGUUUCAACAGUAUAGAAACAGAAAAAGACGGCUAAAACCAUCAGCAGAUGCGAAGCUACUAAGCUUAGCUGAAAGCAAAACAAACAGAAAAAACACUUACAUUUCACAGAACCAGCAGUAAAUGUAAUGAACAAAAAAAUAAAAAUAAAUGAGAAAGAGAAUCAAAAAAAAAAAAUUACUCAUCUUCGUUUUUCGGUAAUAUCGCUGUUUCCAUUCAUUGGUUGUACCAUAUUAAGAAAACAAAGAGGUAUUGUAUUUAAAAUCAAUUAAACAGCUCUAAACUGAAAAUAAAACCUUCAAUAAAGAGACAAAAAACCGAU